AUGGAAAAAGUGACUUUAAAAGAUUAUGGAUCGAUUGAGGAAGAUAGCCUAUAAAGCUACUAAGGAGAAGAUCUAAUGUUCUAAGAGCAACUUGAUAUUACAUAAUUCAACAUGAGAUCUCAUUCAUUGAGUUACAUCGACUCUCAAAACGAAUAUUUUUAAUCUCCAAAGUCUCAAGAAAACUAUCAAAAAGAUGGAGAGUCAUUACAGCUUCUUAGUGCAUAAAAUCAUAGACCUACAGCUCUAAGCGCAUCAAGAUCAUCCAUCGGCCAAUAUUAUAAAGAGAGAAGUUCCAUAUCCUUUACUUCGUUGUUCAAUGUCAAGAGAUUAAUAGUAAAAGCUCCUAAUGGAACUUAUCAGUAUGGUAUGCUACAUUGCUGA